AACAUGAAUUUAAAUGAUUCGCUUUUAUUUGAACAAUAUUUCGAACAUUUUUAAUAACUCAGUACAGUGAGUAUUCGUGAAUCUGCGCUUCCUAAAUACAAAAUGAAUAUUCCAGCAGAAGGGGAAGUGAAGUGACAACUUUGGAGCUCAUAGAACGCUAGCAGGUGGAAAAGGGGGAAGGCGUGUUGACACAUAUAAACAAGGGACUUUUAUACAGAAUGUCAUGUUUAAAUAAUGCUGGACCAAUCAACAAUGAAAAUGAUAACAUUUUCACGUGAUCUGGGAUAGCUCACAUGCUAACACAAAUCGUGUUUACUUGUCCAGUCGGACCAAAGCUGUUAUAAAUUGAAAUGUCAUUUUAGCAAGCAGGAAAUGUGUUUUUGUUGACACAUUUUUGUCUGUAAAGUGUAGCUAAUUGACUAAGGUUUCAUGAUCAGCACUGAUACGGAGAAAAAGAUGACGCAUCCUUUUUAUUGUAGCUUGCUGUCUAGCUAGAUAGGUGUUGUGUUUGAUAACCGCUUGAGUAGUGUUAAAAUACUCUUCAUAAUAGCUACAUGUUUUAGCAGUACUGCUAACCCGUCAAUGCUGGAAGUACAGCAUGUGUCCCUUGCCCACGUCUAAACGAAAAACAACACCGUUCCAAAUUAGGUAGCUAAUAUAUCUUAAAUUAUCACGAGAUACACAGACAGCCAAUCUUGAUUGCAAUGGGGACCACGCUCAGUGAACCGUGCAUCUAUGACAAGCUCUCAGAAAGUAUCGAUAUUCUUCGUCAGUCGGGAUAUCGUUAUGGCAUGUCGGAGAAGGAGAUUGAGAAAUUCAUCAAACAGGUUCUGGAAACCAACGAGCCCCGGAGAGAACCACCGCAGUUCCCCAUUCUUCGUGCCACUGUAAAGUUUGUGGUUGCGGUGGGCUUCCUGUUGGUGGCGGUGCUGGUAUUCACCUAUCCUCAAAGUCCUCCCCAGCAGGGUUUGGCCAUCCCUGGGGGGCACAACUGGUCCUCACCCCUCAGUCAUGUGCGGCUACUCUCCCUGCCCAUCGCCAAGAAGUACAACCUGCAAGGGUUUCAUGAGUGGUGGAGCGUGGGGGCCCUGCGGCAGGGACUUGUCAACUGUUCCGGCUGCACCGCGAUCUCCUCCGUCUUAGAGGUGGCAGAGCCUCUGAAUGCACCUGGAGCCCUGCACCGGGGACCCCAGCCAAUCCUCCUCAAGGGAGGUGGGACCCUCUCCCUGCAGUACCAGGAGCUGGAGCGAAUCUACUCGGCCCACACGGACUCCAUGAGCGUGGUGCUGGAGGAACGGGAGCACCUGCUGGCCCACGGCGAGGGCUUCCCCCAGGAGCCCGCCAACUUCACCCUGCUGUGGCGGACAACCUCAGGCAGGGAGGAGGUGCUGCGGUGGCUGUUCCCAGAGGCUGAGCUGUGCCCCCUGCUGGACAGUGCUGGAAUGACUCUGCAGCGCUGCCUGGUGUCUCACAGCACGGGGUCCCAGAGCAGGGGCCAGCGGGUGUUAGGGUGGCUGAUGGUGGGGGAGGGGUUCCCCUCUGUUAGAGUGCUGCCUGUCCCCCGCUGUCAGAGACACUGCAGCUCCUUCAACCUGUGGCUUAGCCCUGGUGAUAUGGUUUAUGCCGACCCCCUCUACUGGCAGAUGGAGCUGUUCCCCGGCAGGGGGAAGACCCUUGUGUGCGAUGGUUCAGCCUUCUGACGCACAGCCAGAGCUGCAAAGGAGACUGCGGUGGAGGAGGGGCGGGGAAAGAGUCUGACUCCUGCCCCUGCCCCUGUGUUUACACAAAUUGACCUUUGACCCUGCACCUGUUCCCACCGCGCAGAAUGGACAGGAGAGGUAAUGCCCCGCUAACACGCCACAGUGUCUUACGACUACGUGGUGUGCUGGCAGGGUUCAUCAGAAAACACAGGAGCUGGCAGCGAAUGUGCAGGGCGGCCAGCAGGAGGCGCACAAGGGGCCCUUCUCUGUGCCGCGUAUGUUUUCAUGACUGUGAAGGCCGCAAGCCCACGUUUUGGCGCCAGCCUAUCGUGGAUAAUUGCAAGAUUCACUUGUGGCUUUCAGCCAAGGAGCACAAUGAAACUGAAGUACCUGUAUUUCAGAGAGAAUACACUGUUCGACGAGGGUUAAACUGACAUGGGCUCACUUUUAAAUGCCCGGUUAUAAUUACACUUAGUGAUUUAAUUCAGACUGCGGGUAUGAUAGAAGCGAAUUGUGGUAAUGUUGCAAUUGCAUUAGAAACUUGGAUUUUUUGCGGCUGUUGUAAUAGUUCCUUAUAGAGCAGAGAUGGCCAACCCCUAGUCAUAGAGAACCACAGGGUCGUCUUUUUUUCAUAAUACAAUCCGAUUCAGACCUAAGAAAGCAGGUAACUUGCAUUAGCUGGGCAAUUAACUGCGUAAACAUAUCUAUUAAGCACUUGGUAAACGCAAAAGCCAGACUCUUGGUGGCAGGCUUCAGGUCCAGGCUUGUUAUCCAGGAUGUAUGAGCAUCAAAUUGUAAGAUAAUAGAAAUAACACAGGGGCAACUGAAAAGUGACUGACAUCAUCAGGAAGAAAGAAAUUCAGUAUUCUGUACUGAUGCUGUAAAUGAUUUCUUCCUUAGUGAGGGUCAGGUAUGUCUCUAAUUGCCAUCUGGACAAGACUUGAGGUCAUGUCUUCUGUGAUGGUGCCAUGUCUUUAAGGUUGCUCUUUCUUUUCAAAUGUUCAUAUUCAAGUCAUUCACCAUUGUGGUCUUCGGUUGUAGGUUUCAUCAUCCGUCAGCAAGCUCCCUGUGAAAGCACUUUAAUGGCCAGCUAAUGCAAAUUAAUGAUGUCACGGUGUUCAAAGAGUCAUUGUCUGAAAACGGCUUUUUUCCAUUUAGCUACUUAUAAGGCAUGUUGGGUCUUGCCCAAAAGUGAGUAGCUUUUUUGAUUUAUUGAUCUUCUCUAGAUAAUCAUCAGGAAGCAAAAGGCACAAGCCAGUGGUCUUUCGAAUCCUUUAAACUUUUGCCAUAUUUGUUUUAUCUACCACAACCUAAAAGCAGUUGGCUUAGGACAUUGUGAUGCAGUCCACCUAACCAGCGGAUGCAUACAUUUUAUGCUUGAAGGUCCUUUCACGGUUUCCCAACACCUUCAGCCAUUAAGAGUUUUUAAUGGAGCAAAAUGUGUUGGGCUGCCUUUUAUUUAUGUGUUUCUGUAAGACCUCUGGAUUCUAAAUAAUUUAAGUUUUUAAGAAUGUAUUUUUUUUUAUUUUUAAUUUUCAUUCACUGGUUCUUUUUUAAUUCAAUGGAAUAAAUGCAAUGUUUAUUUUAUAUUUUUUUGCUUUUUGGCAGAGGAAACAUUUAAUCUGUUACUCUUCAUUAGAACUACUGUCUGGCUCUAAUCUUACCUUGGGGCAGUGGGAUUUUGCAAUGCUUGAUUUAGCUGUACUAACAAAUAAUUUUUGAUAAAAAUCAAAUUUAUGGCAGAUUUUUAAAAAAUGAACACUGAGUAAAAAUAAUGGGCUUGCCAUGUAAAUUGGUGUAUAGGAGGCUUUUCCUUAAGUCAGUAGCUACCAUGUCCAUUUUUGAUCCCUUGUUUUGGCCACGGAAAUGUACUUUUUCUUGGUCUUAUAAAAAAUGCUACUCUAUGGUAUUUUUCCGAGUCAGCAAUUAUGGAAAGUGUAAAAUGACUCAAAUUGCCCAGUGAGAAAGCUAGCGCCGGUCUCUGUGGGUGUUUUUACACAAGUAGAAAAUGAUGGUAGCACUCAAAGGCGCAUUCGAAGAGUCGCUGUAAUGGAAAUGUUGCUGCUGCUUAUUUUAAAUUUGCCGUUGGUCACAGACUGCAUCUGGGGCCCACGCUUUGCUGAUUCCUGAUAUAAUGGAAGAAUUAACAUGCGCCACAACAAAAACAACAAUGUACCGGUAAAUAAUCAAAUGCCUCCCCUUACUCGUCUUGCUGACGAGUUGUGUUCUGUCGUUAGCUGUGUUAUGUUAUUGUUAUCCUGCCAUUGGCUCUAGCAGACUCUGAACAAAGAUGGUCUGCAUAUGGACCUCUCUGGGCUUUCCUCACAAGAGAGCACCUUCUCCCAUCAUCAUAGGUUAUAACGGAUCAAAUUUGGAUGGGGUGUCCCUGCAGCUGAUUCUGUGGUCUCACCACUGAUGUCUAGAUCCUGGAACACCAGAAAGCCAAUUACCUUCCCUCCAGGACCCCUUUUCCACAUAACUGUUACAAAUUUUGGGUUGGGGUGGAACAGCAAGAUGGAUUUGGGCUAUUUCUGUGUAAUAUUAGAGCGGGCCAAUGGAAGGGCCAGCCAGGAGGCUUCUUGCAUAGUGAAUUGAAACUGCAAAAUAGAAAUGUAAAAAUUGUGCCAAACAAAAUGCUCCUGUGGGUGUGAGUGAUGAUUUGGAAUUGGAAUAGAGACUAAUUGUAGUACUUCUUCAGAACCAUUUCCUUUCUCCUUCUCUCACUUCCCAAUGUCUUUUUACUGCAAAGAUGCCCACAAUUCACAAGUGUCAAAUGUUAGAUUUUCCGUCGCUGUACCAAACACAUUUGUCCCUCGGUAGUUCAUUUAUUAAGAGGAAGCAAGAAUAUUUGCGUUUCUAGGCUUACAAGCUGCCGUCCAACAAGAUUUGUUGUCCAAUAAGUCUGGUCCACAACACUCUUGCCUUGAGUUUGUCUUCUGCCUUUAAUAUCCAGCCUUAUUAAUCUUAUAACUGAAAUGAUUGACUGUUUUUUUCCAUUGACUUUUUACCCUAUCAGUUUAUUCCAUAGAUACUUUUAUAUUACAUGCUUACAUUGUUCAAAAAGCAUUAUUUAUGGGGAUUUAGGCUGCGUAACUGCUAAAUGGUAUAACUGGGUCUAUUGAUUUGUUGUGAGAAACUGCUUGGUACAGCUUUGUGAGCAAGACUUUGUCUCUGUAGAACUUUGAAAUGAGAGGCGUACAAAUAUAUUUAAUUUUUAAUAGUGAAAAUGCUUAAGGCUGCUUCCUUGUCUAGUCCCAGAAUUAUUUGCUUUCUCCCUUUAAAAUAUCCCGAUACUUAAUAUAUGGUGCAAUAAGUAAAAUUGUAAGAUUCUUAGGUUGUAAAAGUGGUGUACAUACAGUAAAAACCCAACUCAGUGCUUUGUAAGAUACUGUUUCAUGUUAUUUUCUUUCCUUCAGAGUGCUUGGAUAAUGUUUCUAAAUAAAUGAGUGUAUGUACUUCCCUAA